GCUGUGGUUCAGGCCACUUUCUCUCGGGAGGAUGACGGGCAGCACCGCAGCAGAACAGCAUUGGUCAAAUGGGACACGCUGCCUUGGCUGCUCAACAUGUUCCAAAGUCCUAAGAAUAGCCCUAUGCUCACCAGCAGCCUGAACUCUCGCCCGACACAGUCAGGAUUCUCGCCCCCUUUGACGAAAACGGGAUGGCACCACUGCAUAUUGCUCCCAGCAGACCUCCUGUGCCAGCCCGAGUUCCUUGCAGUUGGGCCCUCGUCACUGGGCCCUCCGUCCUGGGUGGUGCCUGGGACGCCCGCCCUGGAGAGGCGAGACCGAGGGAGGGAGGGCCCACCUGAGGCUGUCCGAUGA